AUGUUAAAUAUUCUUCAAAAUCAAGCUUUAUUUAUCUUACUUAUAGUUAAUUUUAUUGAAUUAGUAGCAGAUCUACCAAUGCCAAUAAGUUUCUAUUAUCUUGGAUAUAUUAGUCCAGCAACAAAUAGUUAUUGUAUUUGGUGGACAUUCUUCGAAUAUAAUCUUCAUUUAAUAAGUGAACUUCUUAUGGCUACUAUUUCAAUUCAACGACAUAUACUUAUAUUUCAAGCAAAUGUAUUUUACAGUCGUUUCAAUCGUUUUAUGCUGUAUUAUGGUCCUCUAGCACUUUGCUUUAUUUAUCCAAUUAUUUUCUACAUUAUUAUUAUAAUAUUCUAUACAUGUGAUGGUACUCAAUGGGAUUAUACAUCAAAUAUGUGUGGUUAUGCUAAUUGUUAUCUUGUCUAUAAUAAAGUAUUAGGUACAUUUGACUGGGCAGCAAACAAUGGUUUACCAGUUAUUAUUAUUAUAUUGGCUAAUAUGGCACUAGUCAUACGUGUUAUUAAACAUAAACGUCGUCAACAACAGGCUAUCUCUUGGAAAAAACAACGACGUAUGACAGUGCAAUUACUUGCUAUCUCAAGUCUCUAUUUAUUUGCAUGGUUACCGAGUCUUGUCAUAGGAAUGACUCAACAAUUGAAUUCUCCAAGUUUUUUGGCUAAUAUUCAAACAGAUUAUACUCUUGAUUUCAUGUAUCUUAUUGCUCUUCUGUCACCUUGGAUUUAUCUGAAACUUUUGCCAGAAUUAAUGAAAUGGGUUAAAAACUUUUUGCAUCGUGCCCAAAUAGCUCGCAAUACUAUUAGACCUAUAUAA